ACGUCUCCAGGAACUACAGAAGGUUGAUCUCGGUCUCCGGUGCGGUCGCUCGUGCUGCUCUGAAAAAUGGCCAAGACCAUGUUCGACCUGCUGGAAGGAGCUCUGGAGGACCUGGGCGCGGAGAAGUUUAAGAAGUUCAUCAGUAAGAUGACGGACCCUGGGCUCGAGACGCGCGUGGCGAAGAGCGCUGUGGAGGAGAAGGACUGCGGGGACAUCGCGAAACUCCUGAUAGAGCACUUCACCGAGAGUCGCGCGCUGGAGAUCACCCUGCAGAUAAUGAGGAACAUCAAAGCGAAUCAGACCGCGGAGAAUCUAGAAAAAGAAGCUGCAGCUCAUGGAUUCUUGCCGUCUGCUGGAUCAGACUGUUUUGACCCCCAGGCUCCGGUACAGAAUGUACCCCCUCCACAGGGGCCAGCAGUGACCACCGGGGCAUCAGCCGCCGGUUACGUCAUGCCCAAAACCUCAGGCACGCUGAUUCCCAGCAGCCCCAAGUUCAAACAGGACAUCAUCUCCAAGAAAGGGCAGGAGAUUUACCCAGUUCUAGAUAAAGGUGUGAGGAAGCGUUUGGCUCUGAUGAUCAAUAACGUGGAGUUUGACUCUGGGGACAAGAGGUUUGGAGCUGAGAUAGACGAGAAGAACAUGGAGAAGCUGCUGAAAGCUCUGGGCUACGACGUCGUCAAAUACAACGACCUCUCCGCCACGGAAAUGGAUGAGGCGAUAAAGAGCUUUGCUGGACGUAGUGAGCACGCUGAAUCAGACAGCACCUUCGUGGUCAUAAUGUCUCACGGACAGAGAGACAAAAUUUUUGGUAUCGGACAACAGAACCCUGACGACUUCCUUCAUGUGGACAAAAUCUUCACCCACCUGAACACGGCGAACUGCCCGGCUCUGCUCAACAAACCAAAGGUCAUCCUGAUUCAGGCCUGCAGAGGAGGUAAUUACAUCAGUGAUUUUCCUGAUAGUGAAUCAGAUGAUAUGGAGGAUGAUGAUGCUUGGGAACAUAAAGAGAAGGAUUUCGUGUCGCUGUUCUCGUGCACACCUGACAACGUAUCGUACAGGAACAAAGAACACGGAUCGUACCUCAUCGGUUUCCUGGUGGAGGUGUUCAAUGAAAACGCUCAUAAGGAGCACAUCGAGGAACUGUUCCGACUGGUGAUGAAGCGGUUUGAGAAUUUCAUGCGCAUUACGCAGAUGGCGUCUAAAGAUCGGGUUUCUCUCCCCAAGUUAUUCUACCUUUUCCCGGGACUCUGAGAGAACCAAUCAACCGACACCAGCCUGCUCAUCAUUCUGCUCUACUCACAUCUUUAACCUGUUAUAGAAUAAUCAUAUUCCAUACUUUAUGAAUAGAAUUUGCAUUCUUAUUCAAUUAUUUUCUUUCUUUCUUUCUUUCUUUAAUUCAUUUUCUACAUCGCAGAUUAAAGGUGUCCUUCUGCUAAAAUC